AUGAACGGCCUUGAGAUAUCACCAUUCAUUCAGUCUCUGCCCAAAGUCGAACUACACGUUCACAUCGAAGGCACUCUGACUCCUGCCCUCCGAUGGAGACUCGCCAAGAAGAACAAUGUUCCUCUGAAGUAUGCUACGUACGAUGAGUUGCUUGACUCCUACAAAGUGACCUACAACCAUCGCAAGGAAGUCAAUGGCGAUGAUGGCCGCCCUACGUUCCUUGAGGUCUACUUCGCAGGCUGCCAAGUGCUUUGCGACGAAGAUGACUUCUACGAACUUGGCAUGGCAUACUUCGAGAAGUGCCGGGCUAUGAACGUGCGCUAUGCAGAGCCUUUCUUCGAUACUCAAGCACACACUGAGCGAGGCAUCCCUGCCGAGGUCGUGAUGAACGGCUACCUCCGUGCUCAGAGGGACGGUGCUCGGAUACACGGUGUCCACUCGACCUGGAUCUUCUGCUUUCUGCGUGAUCGACCUUUCGAAGACGGCAUGAAAGCUUACGAAGCCGCCCUGCAGUACGCCACCGUCAACAAUGGCAAGGGACUAUUCCACGCCGUCGGUCUCGCAUCAAAUGAAUUUGACAAGCCGCCUCUACUCUUCGAGGAGGCAUUCCUACGCGCCCGGGACGACGGCCUGCACAUCACUAUGCAUUGCGAUGUCGACCAGAAGGACGCGGCCGAUCAUGUGCACGAAGCUAUCUUCCAAGUUUGCACUGGUCGCGGCACGGAGCGAAUAGAUCAUGGACUGAAUGCCGUCGAUCGACCAGAGCUCAUUCAAGGUCUUCUGGACCGCAACAUUCCCUUGACUCUAUGCCCACAUGCGUAUCAUCGACGACAGAAGACGGAGGUCCUAUUCUCGAAAAUCCAAAAGUUGCUCGAAGCAGGCGUGAAGGUUUCGAUCAACAGUGACGAUCCGACGCUCAUGCACGACGUAUGGAUCGAUGGAGCUCUGCAGAAGACUCAAACGUAUUGCGCCUUGUCCAAAUCAGAUAUGGUUCAGCUUUGCAGGAAUGCCGUCGAGAUGUCUUGGGCGCCAAAGGAUAUCAAGGCAGGUAUACUCAAUGAGCUCGAUGCGAUAGACAGUCCAUAG